UUUAUCUUUGGAUUCAGCAAUGGUAUGUGAGCAACAUAACCUAUAUAUUCCCUAACUCCUAGAGCAAAACCACUGAAACACGCAGAGGGAACUGUACAAAAUGAUUCUUUUUUGCCUCUUUAUUCAAAGUCUGUUGAUAGGAGCAAAUAUUGUGCAUCUUGUGCCUCUAUCAGAAGGGAUUGAGGAGCCUGCAGAAUGGGUAUCUCCAGCAACUACGGAUUUAAUAUCAGCUUCAAAGGAAAUCUCAAAAGACGACUUAGAGAAAGCCAUGGAGUAUCUGAAUCAAUUCUAUGAAGAAGUAGCAAUUUUUAAACAAGUUGCAAAUCCAAAUGAGGAAAAAAUAAAAGCCAUGCAGGAUUUUUUUGGGCUCAAAAUCACUGGCAAAAUAGACAAUGAGACUAUGGAAGUCAUGCGCCAACCCAGAUGUGGUGUUCCUGAUGUUCAGAGAUACAGUUUUUUUGAAGGAAGACCUAAAUGGCAAAAAACAACAUUAACCUACAGAAUUGUGAACUACACUCCAGACAUGGCUGCAUCAGAUGUGGACUUUGCUUUUGCUAGAGCUUUUAAGCUUUGGAGUGAUGUUACUCCGUUAAAUUUUGUGAAAGUUAACAGCAAAGAUGCUGAUAUCCUCAUCUCUUUUGGUUCAAGAGCUCAUGGGGAUUUUUUUCCUUUUGAUGGACCAUUCAAUGUUUUGGCACAUGCGUUUUCCCCUGGUGAAGAUGUCGGAGGUGAUGCACAUUUUGAUGAAGAUGAAACUUGGUCAUUAGGACCUCAAGGCACUAGUCUUUUUCUAGUGGCUGCUCACGAAUUUGGUCACGCACUGGGUCUAGAGCAUUCGAGAGAUUUAAGAGCUUUGAUGUUCCCAACAGUGCCAGUCAAUGUAAAUGUGAAUCCAUCUCAAUAUAAGCUAUCUGCUGAUGAUGUUUCAGGCAUACAGACUCUAUAUGGAGCAAGAAAACCGGAACCAAAGCCUCAACCAACCAAACCUCCAAGGAAACCUGCUCCCAAACCAACACAACCUCCAAGAAAACCUGCUCCAAAACCAACACAACCACCCAAGCAACCAAAGGAACCAGAGCUUCAGAAUCCUACAGUACCCAAAAAAUGUGACUCAGCGUUAGAGUUUGAUGCAGUCACCACCAUGAGAGAUAAUUUGCUGUUUUUUAAAGAUGGGAUCUUUUGGAGGAAAAACUCCCAAUUACCUGAUGUGAAAGCAAUAUCAAUUAAUUCUGUCUGGCCGAGUAUUGAAAGAGUUGAUGCAGCUUAUGAAGCACCAGAGAGAGAUGUUGUGUAUCUCUUUAGAGGUCGCCGAUAUUGGGCUACAAAAGGUUUCAAAACAGUAUGGGGAUACCCUCGUGACAUCUCCAUAUUUGGUUUUCCAAAUUCAGUUAAAAAAAUAGAUGCUGCAUUCUAUAUCAAAGAAGAAAGGAAAGCAAUUUUCUUUGUUGGAGAUAAGUACUGGAGCUAUGACCACUCCAGAUACAGAAUGGACUCAAAAUCUCCUAAAAAAAUAAAAGAUGGCUUUCCAGGUAUUGUGAAAAAUGUAGAUGCGGCCUUUCAAAACCAUGGUUACCUCUACUUUUCUAAUGGAGCCAGACAAAUUGAAUAUGAUAAUGCAAAUGGAAGAAUUGUUCGUAUCUUAUUGAAUAAUGUAUGGAUGAAGUGUUACUAGAAAACACAUAGAAACCAAAUCAUGAAUUGUUACUUAGCACAUAAAUGUAACAAAUAUAUAUCAUGUGUUUUUCAUAUUGAUGACGAAUAAUAACGUUUAUUUCAGUGUCUUUGCUGUACACUAGAAACAAUAAAAUGCUAGAAUCACACAGGUGAUUUAGAAGUUGGUGUAUUUCUGAGAAGUGUUUAGAAUUCUACACAAACAUUAAUGAGAUUAUUUUAUUUACUUGUGUUUCUCAUUGAAUUUAAGUUUGCUAAUAAACUAUAACAGAAUCCA